AUGGAGCACGAUAUUCAUGUUUUCUUUCUCUUUUAUUACGACGACAGCAUUAUUGCUAUGAGUUCACACGUCGUGACGGCGGGGGAUGUAAAGGAUACCGCUGACGGUGUCCGAAACUUGGUACAUGUGACCGACAACGUCAUGGACAUUAAUUACACCGACGCUACUGCGAUAGAUGAGGGGCUUUACAGUCGACAGCUUUAUGUGAUGGGCCGCGAGGCUCAGCUGCGUAUGGGAGCAUCCAACGUUCUUAUCAUUGGGCUCAAUGGCCUUGGCGUGGAGAUCGCCAAAAAUGUCAUUUUGGCAGGGGUCAAGAGCGUCACGCUACACGACGAUACGCCAGCCACGAUGCUCGACUUAGCCUCUCAGUUUUAUCUGUCCAAAGCUGAUGUCGGAAAACCACGUGCAGCCGUUUCGGUGAAGAAACUGGCGGAGCUGAACCCUUACGUGCCUGUCCGUUGCCAUAGUGGCGAGAUCACGGAGGAGGUUUUGCUUCAAUUUCGAGCGGUGGUUCUCGUCAACGCCUCGCUAAAAGAGGCCAACCGUAUUAACGCUGUUUGUCACGUCAACUCUAUUGCAUUCAUAACGACCGAGGCACGAGGCGUUUUUGGCUCUAUUUUCUGCGACUUUGGAGACGAGUUUAUGGUUUCCGAUCGUGAUGGUGUGGAACCUGUGAGCUGCCUAAUCUCUUCCAUUUCCAACUUUGCGCCGGCUUUGAUUACUGUAAAUGAUGACACACGCCACAACUUGGAAACCGGGGAUUUGGUCGUCUUCCGCGAAGUGGUAGGCUUUCCGUUUUUGAACAACACUAAACCGAGAAAGGUAACGGUGACUGGCCCAUUUACAUUCACCCUGGAUAUUAUUGAUGACGCCGACAGAAGGCGGUUUGAGUUGGGACAGCCGUCUACAGGUGGUUACGUUACGCAGGUGAAGCAGCCUCUGAUUGUCCGAUUUAAAAACCUAGAAAAUGCCCUUGCGGCACCCGGGGAGUUUUUGAUUAGCGAUUUUGCCAAGCUAGGUCGGUCUGAGCUGCUACAUGUGGCAUUUCAAGCAUUGGAUGCGUUUCGGGAGAAACAUCAAGGCAGCGAUCCAAGACCGGGGUGCUUGCAAGAUGCGGAGGACGUAAGCAACCUCGCUUGUGAGAUUAACAAGCAAUUUGCUUCAAAAAACCAGUUCAGCGUUAAGGAUAUUAAUGCUGCUGAUUCGAAAAAGAUUAUUCAUGCUCUCGCAUCUGGCGCUACAGGUGUGAUUUCACCAAUGGCAGCUUUCCUCGGAGGUGUUGUUGGCCAGGAAGUCCUUAAGGCAUGUAGCGGCAAAUUUACUCCAAUUCAGCAGUUUUUUUACUUUGACGCGGUAGAGUGCCUCCCUGACGCUGUAUUUGCGGGCGCUCCGGACGAGUUUGCUCCCGUUGGAUCCCGAUACGAUGGACAGAUUGUCGUGUUUGGUCGGAAGCUGCAAGAAAAGAUCCAGAGCCUAAACAUGUUCCUUGUUGGAGCUGGUGCGAUCGGGUGCGAAAUGCUUAAGAACUGGGCGAUGUUGGGGGUAGCGUCCAACAAGGAUGGCAUAAUAUAUAUCACGGACAUGGACACAAUCGAAAAGUCGAAUCUGAACCGCCAGUUCUUGUUUCGCUCAAAGGAUGUACAACAAGCAAAGUCUUCAGUUGCUGCUCAGGCGAUCAAGAUAAUGAAUCCGGACGUUAACGUGCAAGCCUACGUUUCUCGCGUCGGCGCAGAAUCUGAAGAUCAGUUCAAUGAUGACUUCUUCGAGACGCUCUCUGGUGUGUGUACUGCACUGGAUAACGUGGAGGCGCGCUUAUAUAUGGAUCAGCGCUGUUUGUUUUACGGUCUCCCAAUGUUCGAGUCUGGUACGUUGGGAACGAAGGGUAAUACUCAAAUUGUCGUUCCGCACAAAACCGAAAACUACGGCGCAUCUCGGGAUCCUCCUGAGAAGAGCAUUCCAAUUUGCACGCUUAAAAACUUCCCUAAUGCAAUUGAGCACACUCUUCAGUGGGCGCGUGAUUGGUUUGAGGGCGAGUUUUUCCAGGCGCCGUCGGACGCUAAUCGUUACUUAGAGGAGCCGGCAUUUAUGAAAGAGCUCAACGAGCAGCAAAAUACCAAGAUGGAAACACUUGAGCGAUUGAAAAGUACCCUUGUGGAUGAUCGCCCGAUGUCGUUUGAAGACUGUAUUUCAUGGGCUCGUACUAAGUUUGAAGUACUCUUCAGCAACCAGCUUAAGCAGCUUUUGUACAACUUCCCACUGGAUCAGUUGACAACGUCAAGGACUCCAUUCUGGUCUGGACUGAAGCGGCCGCCGACCCCAAUUUCGUUUGACCCGAAGGACCCGCUUCACAUGGACUUUAUCGUUUCGGUCGCCAACAAUCGCGCGAAGAUUUACGGCCUUAAAGGGCACGCAGACAGAGACGCUUUCGCGCAAGUUCUCGCUGGCAUUCACAUUCCGGAGUUCUCGCCGAAAAAGGGCGUGAAAAUUGCAGCUUCUGAUGCAGAACUUAAGGAAGGCAAUGCUUCUUCAGGGCUGGAUGACGCAGACGCUCAGUGUGACGUCAUUAUGCAGGAGUUGCCAAAACCGUCAACCCUUGCAGGAUACCGCAUACAACCCAUUGAGUUUGACAAGGACGAUGAUUCGCACAUGGAAGUUAUCGUAUCUGUUUCCAACCUGCGCGCUCGGUCGUAUAAAAUUCCGGAGGAAGACAUGCACAAGUCGCGUUUCAUUGCUGGCAAAAUCAUUCCGGCCAUUGCCACGACAACAGCACUUGUGACAGGACUCGUGUGCUUUGAGUUCUUGAAGGUCUUCCAGGACAAACCGUUGGAUCAUUACAAAAACGGCUUUGUCAAUCUUGCGCUGCCGCUGUUUACCUUUGCCGAGCCAAUCGAACCCAAGUCUACUAAGACACUGCUAAAAGGCAAGGAGUACAAGUGGACGGCGUGGGACCGUCUAGAGGUCGAUCAAGGCGACAUGACGCUGAAAGAAUUUUUGGUUUACUUUGAAAAGGAAUACGAUGCUGAGGUCACGAUGCUAUCGUAUGGCGUCACAAUCCUCUAUGCCAUGUACUCUCAAAAGUCGCGAUCGAAGGAGCGCAUGGCGAUGAAGAUUUCGGAUCUGGUUCGCACAGUGACCAAGAAGCCCAUUGAUUUGAAGCUGAAGUACCUUAUUCUCGAGGUAUGUGCUAUGGAUGCUGAUGGAGAGGACGUGGAGCUUCCCUACCUGCGCUAUCACUACAAGCAACAACAGUGA